AUGGAAAAGCAACCACUCGGGGCCCGGGGGCCGGACACCGGGCGGGUCGCGGCGCCGGCCGCACCGGGUCAGCCGCUCCCCUCCCCCCGCCGUAACCCGACCUGCCGCUCCCUGCACCCCCCGCGCCCCGAGGCUCCUGGGACCCAGCCAGAGCCCGGGGAGCACCGGAUGCCCGGCACCAUUUUCGGGCCCGGCGGCCACCGGCCCCGCGGACCCCAGCGUUCCCCUCGAGCUAGCCGCUGCUCCCGGGCGCCCCAAUUCCCGAUUCCCGUCAGCUCGCCCCCGGCCGCCCUUCCCCGGUCACCCGGCCCGGCUGAGCCCGACGCGCCGGCCGGCCCCACCUCCGGCCCCCGGACGCGCCGGGGCCCCUUGGAGCCGCCUCAGGCCGGGUGUCGGGAGCGGCUCCCCUCCGCGCGCGGGCCUCGACGCCUCCGUCCCGAGCCCCGAAGGCCCGGGGCUCUACGCCGCUGCAGCCCCUCCUCCUCCUGA